UAGUGAGAGUUGCAGGGUCAUGGUCGACUUUCGCUGCUGCAGCAGCGCGGAGGCCAGGGACUCCCAAGCCUGCGCCGCCCCAGGGGCACCGCUCGCUGCUAAGCCGGCAGAGCGCCGAGAACAUCGCCCUGCAAGGCGGUUGCCCCGCUGCUGGCAGCAGUGUCAUUGCUGUCUUCCUUGUGGCAUCAGGAAGCGCCAGGGAGCCGCGAGCCGAUGAAAGGUGGUGUAAGGUUUCUCUGGAUGUUUAUUGGGAUAAUUUGAGAGUCAACAGAUGACUUAGCAAUACUGAGGCUGGUGCAUCAACUAAACAUUUCAACGAGGGAUGAAUUACAGCUUCCUGCUGUUUAACUGGUAGUUUUAUUCUUGGAAGAGUUUGCGGAGCUAAGUGGACCACUCCGGCCACUGAAAGACGCACGAGGGCGAGAACAAAGGAAAUAAAAUUUGGGACGUAUCUACGGGUCUGGCAAGGAGACGUACUGCUGUAAGCUCCAGCCGCACUGGGAAGCGGGGCAGCGGCGGAGCGACACGGAAGGCAGCUUUCUGUUCCUGAAAGGGAUAGUGGCAACUCCGUCUUCGGGGACGCUUGCCCCAGACAGGGGCAGGACCUCAGCCGCUGCUCCCCCACCGUAGGCGGGCGGUCUCCCGGCCCGGCAGGCACCACCAGCCGGCACCGGCCUCAGCCUAAAGAAAAGACCUAGGCGCGGCGUAGCGCUUGGUACCGGCGGACGCCGCUGCCCGCCCGCAUCCAUCCUCCUGGUCUCACCCGCAGCCCGGCAGCAAGAAGAGACACGCCGCCCCGCUUGGCUCCCGUCGCUGCCUGCCGUGAGGGCGGCCUCACUUCUCCCGCUCCCUUCCUCCCUCCCGCCGCCGGCCCCUCGCCUCCCCCACCCUCACCUCAGUCGCCCCCCUCUGUCUGGCUCCCCCCGCUCUGUCUGGCGGCCCCCCCUCCGAUCGCCGCCGCGCUUCUCGCGAGAGCUGGGGAUGCCGCCGCCGCCGCGGAGGGGGAGACACUCGGGGGGAGCCAGUGACGUCGGGAGUUUUCCUGAAAGUCAAUAACGAGCCCGGCGGAGGCGGCGGGAGGAGCCGAGAGCGGGGCCCGGGCGGCUCCGGGGUGAGUGCGCCGGGGGGAGCCGCCGCCGCUGCCCUCCUGACCCCGCGCAUCGAUGCUGCGGCCGCGCUGCCCGCCCGGGCGCCUCCCUGCGUAGCGGGGCGAGUAGCUCCAUGUAGUCGCCGCCAGCGCCCUGGGGCCGGAGUCGCCUCCUCCCGCCCCCGCGGAGACACCGGCCGCCAGGGACCGCCGAGCCUGGCGGGGGGCUAGGGGAGGAGGCAGCGGCGCCCUCCCUCCCCUUCUCCCCCCGGAGCCGCCGCCGCCGCCGCCCUCCGGCUCCACAGCAGCGCCCGCGGCGCCGCCGCCUCUGCAGUUCCAGACUGACUCAUCAGUAGAAAUUGAGAAGAUCUGCAGAAGAGAAGCCAAACAGACAAGCUGAUAAUUCAAAGAAAUACUCUUUUGAAUUGGAGGUUCAGAGUGGAGCCAUCAUGAGCGAUGUUACCAUUGUGAAGGAAGGCUGGGUUCAGAAGAGGGGAGAAUACAUAAAAAACUGGCGGCCAAGAUAUUUCCUGCUAAAGACAGAUGGCUCUUUCAUAGGCUACAAGGAGAAGCCCCAGGAUGUGGAUCUGCCAUACCCACUCAACAACUUUUCAGUGGCAAAAUGUCAGCUAAUGAAAACAGAACGACCAAAGCCAAACACAUUCAUUAUCAGAUGUCUUCAGUGGACCACUGUCAUAGAGAGGACGUUCCAUGUUGACACUCCAGAGGAACGGGAAGAAUGGACAGAAGCAAUCCAGGCUGUAGCAGACAGACUACAGAGGCAAGAAGAGGAGAGGAUGAACUGUAGUCCAACUUCACAGAUAGACAAUAUAGGAGAAGAAGAGAUGGAUGCCUCAACAACACAUCAUAAAAGAAAGACAAUGAAUGAUUUUGACUAUUUGAAACUGCUGGGCAAAGGCACGUUUGGCAAAGUUAUCCUGGUCCGAGAGAAGGCCAGCGGCAAAUACUACGCCAUGAAGAUUCUGAAAAAAGAAGUUAUUAUCGCAAAGGAUGAAGUGGCUCAUACACUUACAGAAAGCAGAGUAUUGAAAAACACCAGACACCCUUUUUUAACAUCCUUGAAAUAUUCCUUCCAGACAAAGGAUCGUUUGUGUUUUGUGAUGGAGUAUGUUAACGGAGGAGAGCUGUUUUUCCAUUUGUCGAGAGAGAGGGUGUUCUCAGAGGACCGCACGCGCUUCUACGGUGCAGAAAUUGUCUCUGCCCUCGACUAUCUGCAUUCUGGGAAGAUUGUAUACCGUGAUCUCAAGUUAGAAAAUCUAAUGUUGGAUAAAGAUGGACACAUAAAAAUUACAGAUUUUGGUCUGUGCAAAGAAGGAAUCACAGAUGCAGCAACUAUGAAGACAUUCUGUGGUACUCCAGAAUACCUGGCACCUGAGGUGUUGGAAGAUAAUGACUAUGGUCGUGCAGUGGACUGGUGGGGAUUAGGAGUUGUCAUGUAUGAAAUGAUGUGUGGAAGAUUGCCCUUCUACAACCAAGAUCAUGAGAAACUAUUUGAACUGAUACUAAUGGAAGACAUAAAAUUUCCUCGAACUCUGUCUGCAGAUGCAAAAUCAUUACUAUCAGGCCUACUGAUAAAGGAUCCAAAUAAGCGACUUGGUGGAGGCCCAGAUGAUGCAAAAGAAAUCAUGCGUCAUAGUUUCUUUGCUGGAGUAAACUGGCAAGAUGUAUAUGAUAAAAAGCUUGUACCUCCUUUUAAACCUCAAGUUACGUCUGAGACAGACACCAGGUAUUUUGAUGAAGAAUUUACAGCUCAGACUAUUACAAUAACGCCGCCUGAAAAAUAUGAUGAGGAUGGUAUGGACUGCAUGGACAAUGAGAGGCGGCCGCAUUUCCCCCAGUUUUCCUACUCUGCAAGUGGACGAGAAUAACUUUUUUGUUCUGCUGCUUCACUGUCAUCUUAGGUUUAUCACUGAAAAUGAUUCCUGAACAUCACCACCAGUGCUAGAUACUAUUUAAGAUAGCAGGGGCACUUUCAGAGACCGUUCCAAACUGAACAAGUUUCUUUCCCAGACCUACAUAAAAUCCAUUUUGGUUUUGCAUGAAAUAAGAGAUUUUCUCUACUACGCUCUCCUGCUGUUGCUGCUGCCCAGUGUCUCAGUACAAUAGCAACGUCAAGAAGUUACUUUGGAGGUAGAUGACUUGACUUCAGCACUGUACACUUUGUGCACAAGUAGUCAUCUAUUUUUCCUCACAGUGGAGGCUAAACAAAAACAUGUAUUGGUCCACCUUAUCUUCUUCCAGAAGAUGAAUCAAAUUUGUAAUUAGUCUAAGCAGACUAGUCUAUAACAUCUUGCAUCUGUUUGUGCUGGUUAGAAUAAGGAAACAUAGGGGUGGUGAUGUACAUAUGCAAAGUUUUUGUUAGGCAUAUCAUUACUUGAAGCAGGUCUCUGUCAUUAACAUCUGGCUGGAAUUUGUUUGGGAAAUGUCUUGAGAGAAGGACUUAAACUGUUGAUAUAUAUAAAUAUAUAUAUAUUAUUUUUUAAUUCCUGUUGGAUACUACAGAAGACGCAGAAGGGCUGGGUUCACCCAGCCUGCCACUUAGAACUUCCAGGUUCAUGUGCAAUCACGGAGAAUCGAAAAUUAUACAUGCAAGAAAUGAAGGCAUAAAAGCAGCAGUUCAAGUUGUUUAAGGGGUCUUAUAAUUUGCACCAGGUAACAUCUUUCUCAUGCUUUUCUUUUUCUUUCAUGAUAUACAUCACCUCUGAUGGCUGAAGAAUGUAGACAGGCAUAAUGGUAUUGCUUCUCACCAAAAUGUGUGCACCAAGGUAAACAGGUGUUUGCCUUACUCAUUUUUGAUUUGAGUUUGUGAAUUAGCCUUUUCUCCAGGUGUUUAACUCUGAAUAUUCCUUUCUAUUUCUUUCUUGUUUGGUUGGUUUUGGUUAUACUGCAGUAGUAUUUAUUUUUAGAGAUAAGGAUUGUAUGUGUCAUGUUUGCAAAUGCUGCUACAUCUUAGAUAGAACAGGCUUACAGCAGUUAAUUUUGUACUAUAUGGAAGGACUGUACAAGCUGAAGGGAAUAAUGCACUUUUCUCCCUUGUGGAAAUUUUAACAAGGCUCUGAAAUUGUACAUACUGCUUAGAAUCAGAUUUUGGUGUAUGAAAUGCUGGCUUUUAAUUGUUUGGCAAUGGAAGUGAGGAAUUCCAACUUCACGUGUCAAAGGGUUAAAAACAAGCAGACAAAAAAGCUACGUCUUGUGCUGCAUUGAGGAUAAACGUUAAUAUAAGAGCCUGACAGCACAACAGAAAUUUCUGUUCUAUAUGAAGGAAUUGCAUUUGAACAAUGAGACCACAGUGAUUCCAAGAAAAGCACUUUAAAAUAGUAAAUUUCUGGGAUGAGCCAUUCUCAAGGAAGGCUUGCCCUCAACCAAAAGAGUGCUGAAACCCAGCAUGUUACGUGUAACCGUGGUACCCAUCUGAUGGCAAACAUCACGAGAGACACCCCACUGGUGAUUGGAAGACGUCUUUCCAUUUCCGAAGAUCUGUAGCUAACAGAACGUGUGCAUAACCUUAGCUUUGAUCUGCUGCAAUGAUAAUCUUACUAAUAAACCCUUUGGUGCUAGGAGUCGGGAGGUUGCACGGUGCAGUUGCUAGUGUGUACCUGCCCUUGCUAAUGACAUCUGCAAGCCCUGACUCCCUGAGGUUAUCAUUCUAAGUAUCUCUGUGUUUGGAUCUUGUUAGCUCCCAUGAAAACUGUGAUAUCAUGGAGUAUUCCUGGUUGCAUUGUGUGAAUGAGGUGACUCUGAAAGGAGAGAUGUUCCUAUGUUGAUGCCUUAGCCUCUUGAUGUGGAGAGUUGAGUGCCCUUGCAUGAAGCCCACUGCUGGCAGUGCACAUGCUGGGAUGGCCAAGGGGUAGAUGGGCAUUUUAGUAAGGCAGCUAAAGACACAGACUAAUUUAGACAAUUUUUCAUGUUUCAUGUUUUCUCCUUAGCAACAGAUGGAUAAUCAGUCAGAAAUGUAUCAUGAUGUAGAUUCUAACUACAUAGGAUCUCAUCCUGUAACACUAAGCACAUGGAGAGAUUGUCCCUCUACAGGGAGAGAGGAGCACAGCAAACGUGUCGCAGGUCUGUCCUGCACCAGUAAGUAGCGUAGAGGUGUCUACACUGAUGGAGUGAGUGAGUGACUGAAGUAACUGAAUACUUUAUAGAUGGGCAUUAAUUAGUUCUCUGCGAAGGCCUCAUACUUACAGACUAUGGCAAUUCAAAGAUCUGUGUUACAUGCCUGUGUUUUUUCCCUCAUGUUUUCAGCUUGUAAUAGCAGUAAGUUUCUUGACAUAGGGCACCGCUAGCUAAUGACCGACUGGGACCGUGCCUCUGGCCAGCCAUUCCUCAUGUGCAGAAGAAGCCCUGUGGUUAUUAGCUCACUGUCUCGUAGCUAGUUAGAAUACAGUUUGCAGUAAACACCUGUUGGGGGAUUAUUUGAAAACCUUUUAAGACUUCACUUUGCAUAGUAGUGCCUGCCUUCCAAAACAUUAUUGAUCAAGUUUAUCCCACAGAGAGAGUCAGCAGGCACUUCGUGCUGCCCACGGUUGAGGGAGUCUCUCUUACCAGUGUUAGAAACAGCUGAAAGAUAGGCAAGCACUGCUUGGUGCUGAGAAACUUUUUUAGGCUCUUCUUUUGCUGUUUGCAGUUGUGGUUGGAUUUGGACAGGAUGUGGUGGCUGGUUACCUCAGUGAGCUUUUCAAGCACAGUACAUUUCAGACUUUGACUCCAGCUUGUACUGACUUCCAUGACAUACAGUAUGCCCUCUUGUACUGCAGCCAUCUUGGAGGAAAUAGGUCAUUUCUAUUUGGAUUUUGGCAGUUUUGCACACAGCUUUGCUUUCCACACUAAUCCAUCUUCCAGUACAUUCCUGUUGCUUAAAGAACAUUUAUUCCAGUAUUGUUUUAUGGGGUUUUUUUUUCCGUCUUUCCUUGCGGCUUCUUAAAGCUGACUGUUCUUGCAGGGGCCAUGUGCUUCUCCUAGAGUACAAAAGUAAGGUCUUACCUUACUAACUGCAGGGUCUAUAUAUUACACCUCAAUGUACACACUUUGCUGCUACUGUUUGUACUGUCUACAGUAGAAUUUCCUUAUCUUGCUCCUGGUAGUGCAUUACAGGCAAGCAUGAAAUGUAAAGUAUUUAUUUAAAUAAAAACCUCUAAAUUGGUAAUUGAAUUACCUCCCUGUAGCUUUAGAGUUUGUGACAUUUCUUGACCUUGCUAGUUCUUUCAUUAGAUCCAUGCAAGAUCUAGUCAUAUGGUUAAGGAUAUUAAGCAGACACGACUAUGAACCCAAGAAACCAUAUUGCUGUUGGUCAUACUUAAACUGUUUAUUUCCUUAAGUAUAUGACCCACAAGGAUGUGAAAUAACUACAAGAAAACUGUUUUUGUACACUGUACAUCCUUAGUAUUUUUACACGUAUAUGAUAGGGAUGCACAUUAUUUUCCUUCGUACAGACAGCUUAAAUAAAGCACUAUGUCAAUCUGCUA